AUGCAGAAAAAGCUGAGUGAUUCGCAGACUCCUCGCUUGUCAUCACUGAGGGGGUCGUCAUUUUUCAUCGACAACCUGCUGGCCUCCGGGGACCCACACGAGCAGGAUAGUCUUUCCGCAAGCCGCCGAAGCGUCGCUGGGGUGAGAGACUCUGCCGGCCUGGUCUCGUCCGCCCGGCGCGGCAUCCUGUGCGCGCCGGCUCGGGGUGGCUGCAGCCCAGCCUCGUCCCUGUUGUGCGCGGCGCCGCUGCUGCACUGCUACGCCGGCAACGCUGCCUUGCUCUCCAGAGCUCUGGACGCACCUCGCAGUCCGUGCGCCAAUGCGAGGUCCGAGUACAUGUGCGGCUCCGUGUCGACCAGCGACCCAAGUUCUCCCGCCUUAUCAGAACCGAUCACAGACGACAGCUUCGAGUCCGACAGGAAAUUAAGGCACAGCGACCUGACGGACGACCACGACGAAGCUCAGGCUGGCAUGGACGCCUCCUCGGAGCCUAAUCCGGCCCGGAAGAAGAAGACCCGGACUGUGUUCAGCCGUAGCCAAGUAUUCCAACUGGAGUCCACCUUCGACGUGAAACGGUACUUGAGCAGCUCUGAGAGAGCCGGCCUGGCCGCCUCUCUCCAUCUGACAGAGACCCAAGUCAAGAUCUGGUUCCAGAACCGGAGAAAUAAAUGGAAGCGCCAGCUGGCGGCGGAUCUGGAAGCUGUGCAGGUACCCAACCAAAGCCGGCGGGUUGUCAGGGUCCCCAUUUUGUAUCACGACCGACCGGGAGCCCCUCCUGCGCUGGCUUUCACCCUGAGCGGACAGCAGGUCUUCUCCAGCUGUAUGGCGUCCCCGCUGUCCUCCUUCGCCCACUCCAUGAGUAUCCUGAGGUCGCACGUGAGCGGCCUGCUUUAA